AUGGCUGAGCUCUUUGAGGAAAGUGUUUCUUUUAUUAAUAGUGUACCUAAAAAUGUAAAUUUGCCUAACGAAAUUAAAUUAAAUUUGUAUAAAUAUUAUAAGCAGGGUACAAUUGGUAAUUGUAAUAUAAAGGAACCAAGCAGAUAUAAUGUAUAUGAUAGAAGAAAAUAUAAUGCUUGGAAAUCUGUAGAAAAUUUAAAUAGAGAAGAUGCAAAAAGAAGAUAUGUUCAACUUGUUAGCGAGUUAUUUCCUUAUUGGCAAGAUGGGGAAUAA